AUGCUGAUGUUGUAUCUUCAUAUUUUGUUAUGUAUUUUCUUAAAUAAUCCUGUACUUGUUACAAAUGAGAAUAAUUUUUUCAUCAAAAUUUUAAGGUCUCAAGAAAAAAAAAUAGAAAAUGAGGUGUCGCUUUAUGAAAAGUUGAAUAAUCGUAUUUUGUUCGAAGGUAGUGAUGAUUUCUCAAACUUAGAUAAGUUGAAAAGUUUAUUAUCAUUUCAAAAAAAGAUAGACAACACAAUAAGAAAAAAGCAAAAGGAAGAAAAUAAACUCAAAAAAUUUCAACAAGCUAUAAAAAAUGGUAAUAAUAUUUAUCCUGUGGGGAAUAACCCACAAGGUUUUGAAAAAAAAGAAAGAGAGGAAAAAGAACAAGAAAAAACAUAUAUGAACAAUGUUAUAAAUAAAAUAAAUGAACAAAAAGGAAAUUAUUAUGAACCUAAUAAAAAUAUUAAUAACAAAUAUACAGAGGAUCUAACCUCAAAUGGUUUAUUAUAUAAUAAAGAUAAAAUAAAAAAUCAAUUUAAUAAUCCUCAUCAAGAAAAAUUUAUAAGAAAACAUGAACAUGAACGUGAACAUGAAGGUAAAAAUGAAGGUAAAAAUGAACAUAAAAAUGAACAUAAAAAUGAACAUAAAAAUGAACAUGUACAUGUACAUGAACAUAAUUCAAAAAAUUAUGAAGGAAACCCCCCAAAAAAUGAAUAUCCUAAUAUAAAUUUUACAAACAUACUAAAUAGUAUUGAUUUUUAUAAAAAAAUUGAUUUAGUAAAAAAUUAUUUCGGAUAUAAUAAUAAUGAAACUCUAAAUCAAAAUAUGAAAGAGCAAAAAAAUAUGCAGAAUCAUCAUGUAGAAAAUGAAAAAAAUAAUAUGAUACAAGCAAAUAAUCAAGUUGAUGAAAAUCAAAAUAAUCAUCAAUAUAAUAAUAAUUUUCAUAAUCAAAAGAAUGAUAAUUUAAAGCAAGACACAAAAGAUAAUUCAUCAGAACAAACAUAUAAUAAUUCAAAUAAUAAUAUUGAAGAUAAUAAUCAUAUAAAAUUUUUCAUAUCAAAAGAUAUAGAGAAAAAAAAAAAUAAACAAAAUGAUAUAAAUGAAUCUGUUUACAAUGCUAUUAAAAAUAAAAAUUUACAUUUAAGAAGAAAUAAUAUUAAAGAAAUUUUUGAUGUUGAUGAUUUAGUUAAAAAUAUUAAAUCUUUUUUAGGAAUAAAAUCUAAUAUACAUGAAGCAUUUGAAAAUCAAAAAUUAAUUAUUAAGAAUUGUAAUUAUGAAUCAUUCGGACCAGAACUUUGUAGUGUAGAUGAAAAAGCAAAAGAAAUGUUAUGGAAAUAUGAAAAGAAAAAAAACAGCGCAUUCUUAUUUAUAAUAUUAUUUACUCUAUUCUUUAGUUUAAUUAUACAAAACAUUGUAUAUUUUAUUGAAAAAAAGGUCAGAAAUUCAAAAGAUCAAUUUAGAAAAGACCUUUUAAAUACAGCAUUUAGACAAAUAUCUCUAAUAACAAUUAUUAAUCUAACUAUAUGGGGAAUACUACAAACGAAUAUAGCUGAAGCCCUCGAUGAAGUUAUUUUUAACGACAUUUUACCAAGACACAGAAAUAUAGAUGGAGUUCUACAUAAUGUUGAACCAUUGUUAGAAGUCAUAUUUGAGAAAAUUUUAUUUAUAUCCAUGAAUUUUUUAAUAUGUUAUUCCAUAUUCAUAGUAAGCAUCCAUUUUGUCACAAGAACCAUAUUAAAAUGGUUUUCCGAAUCGGAUAAUUCUGAUGUUUCUAGUGUAGCAAAAGAAGUGAAAGAAUCUCAGAGAAAAUGUUUUCGAAAUUAUUUCUUUUUCUUUAGAAAUGUGAGGAAUUCAAAAUAUUUAGCUCACAGAUAUGACUUUUCCGAAAAUGUCGAUGCUAUAAGUAUACCCGGAUUAGAUCCCAAUGGAUAUUAUUAUUAUGAAUAUAUGAGAGCUUCCUUAUUAAAAUAUAAUGUGAAAUUAAUUAAAAUACCAAACGCUGUAAUUCUAUUUUUAAUUUUUGUAUGUAUUUCUUUGAGACCAUUUUAUAAUAUAAGAUUAAAGGCGGAAGUUAUAUUUUUAAAUGUAUUAUCACUUAUAUGUAUAAUAGGACUAAUAUCUCUUUUUGUUUAUUUGUACCGAAUUGAUACGAAGUUGUUACCUAGAGACAUAUCAAAAUAUUUAUUAAAUAAAUAUCAUAUUGAGACAUGUGAUAAGAAUAAAAGAGACGUUACUCCAUAUUAUAAAUUAUUAAAGCAAGAGUCUGUAUAUCCCUCGGCGCUAAAUUAUUUUUUCUACAAAACAACGUUCCCAAACAAACAUGAACAAUUAUUCCUUUUGUGGGGAAAUGGUCCAUCUUUGAUUAAUUUUAUAUUCCAAACCUUAUGUUUUUGCUUUUUAAUCAUAUUAUCUUGCUGGAUAUUUUUAUUAAGAGUUGAUAACAUAACAUGGUUUCAACUAUAUAGUUAUGGAAGCUUAUCCAUAUGUGUGUGUAUAUUAGUCUUUUUCUUCAUAUUAAAAUAUAUAAUUUAUUAUAAUGUUAUGGUUACUAAAACGGGUUAUUUAAUAGAUACCAAGUUAUUGGAGCAGGUUUGGGAAUAUGAAAGAUCAGAUAAUAUAAAGAGAAUAUCAGAAUUUAUUGAUGCCAUAAAAAUUAAGUCAACUUUACAUGCAUUAAAAGAAGGAGGAGAAAUAUUUUGGAGACAACUAUUAAUAAAAUCAAGCACUGUUCCAUCCAAUAUACAAGAGAAAAUGUUUAGUAUUUGGAUAGGCUUAGAUGAAGAAAAUAGAGGAAUUAUCGAUUCAUCAAAGAUAUUGAAAUUUCUAAAAUCACAAGGAAUUAAUCUAACAUCUGAACAUGAUAUUAGGGAAUUUUUGGAGGUAUUUGAUAGAAAUAAUAAAAACGGUUUAAAUCAAGAAGAAUUCUUUGUUCUCAUUAUUAUUGUGAAACAAAUUUUGGUGGAGCUUUUGGACAUAAAUGCUGUUCAGUCCCUAUUCGAAGAAGUAUAUGGCAUACCUUGGAAAUCGUUAUCUUCCAUUGAUGUUAAUAGUUUAAAAAAAAUACUAACAGAAUUAAAUUUAAAAUGGCCACAUGGAAAAAUCAGAAACCUCAUUGAUUUUGUUUGUGAAAAUAAAAAAACAAAAUAUGUUAGUGCGGAAUAUUUCAUUAAACAACUAAUAAAUAUAGAAGAAGUCACAUUACAACCUUUUCAUUCAGCAUCUGAUUCGAAAUAA